AUGGAAGAAGAAGAAACCAUCAUUGAUGUUUCAGAUACAGAUGAAGAUAUUAAUUCUCGAAUAGAUAUUCAUCGUCCUCCGUCGAAUGAUAAAAUUGUCCAAAUUGUUUGUUCACCUAAAAUGAAAUGUGUAGCUACUAUUUCACAUAUGGAUGCAGCUAUUGCUGAAACACAGAAUGGAGAUCCUACAUAUGGUGAAGAAGAUGACCAAUUAUUUAAAGAAGCGAAUUUAUGGUCAGUAGUUAAAAAAUCCGAUGGGUCUGAAGAGUUGGUUUUAAAGCAUGAAGAUACCAUUAAAGGACAUCAGAUAAAUGAACCAAGACCUACAUUAUGGGCUGUUUCGGAUGAUAAGUAUAUUGUAUUUAAGACAAAUUAUUUUUAUUGUAAUUUCGAAGUAUUCAAUGCUAAAGGGGAACGUAAAGAACUCUACUUUCCAAACAAUCACAAUGUAGUAAACCAACUUGCAUUCAUCGAAACCGGCGAAUUAAUAGUUGCACUGAUUGAACCUGUAUAUUGCAUAUAUGUAUUCAAAUUGGACCAAUAUAAUGAUUGGACUUAUUCUUCUCGAUUAGAAUUAUCAUAUUUUUGCGAUGCUUUCAUUACUGUUAAGGGAAAAUUGAUAUUAUUCGACGACAAAAUAUUUCAAUUAACUAAAUGGGAUAUUAUUACUUUGUCAUUUGAAAUAAAUUGUUUGAUUGACUGGUGUUAUAAAGUUAAGCAUGUAGAAGUAAAUCAGGGUGGUGAAUUUUUAGCUGUCCACGCCGCUUAUGUGCAGGGUGAAAAUGAAACUACAAAGAAAUCUAUGGUUUAUGUUUUCUCCCUUAAAACUGGGAUGAAUAUGGCUUUUCAUGAGUAUGAUGAAAGAACAAUUAUAGAUAAAAUCUACUUUAUUGCUUAUGACGCCGGGGAACGCCUACUUAUUAUAUCACGUGACCAAUUCAAUGAUGAACCCUCUACUCACUUAAUGAAUCCAUGUGCGCUUAAAAAUCCUGUUCCUGCCACAAAAUUAUUUGAUACUGACGUGAAAGUUCGAGACCCUUACAUAAUCAAAUACGAUAAUGUUAUUGGAAUGAUAAAUGGAGAGUUGGAUAUUUAUGAAGGACUGGUUCGAAAGGAUUGGAUACAUUAUCUACGGAAUGAUCUUAAUGAUCAUAAUAGGAUAUUUGUAUUUUCUGACUCUAUAUAUAUUACAAAAAUGAUUGAGGACGAAUUAUCUUCCGGAGAAAAAAAUUUCAAACAAUCACUGGAGUUCCCAUCGGGGAAAAACCAACUUACUUACGAUGGCAGCUUUUUGAGAUGGAAUUUAUAUAGUACGCCCAGUAAUAAACCUAAGCUUGGCCCUCGGCUUGAACUUGAAGCCUUAUUAUGUUAUAAAGUUGAUCAAGAUAAAAUUGAAUGGAGGCCAGUAGAUGGUAUAUCUAAGAGAGCCAUAAACCCUAACUUUCCACCUCCAGAACACACGAGAAAAUUAAAAAUUAUAAAAUGUAAAUGUCUUGAUAAUGAUGAUUUACUUAUGUUAACUACACUUGGGAUUUUAAUUUGGACCGUUUAUCCACCAAAAGGAAUUAGAUUACAUUAUUAUUGGGGGAGAGGAAAGAUUAGAAAUGAAAAAAAAUUUAAUUUAGGAAAUACUUUUCUCAAGAUAGAAGACUAUCCCAAGACAUUUCCUGAUUUAAAAUUUCAGAUAAUAAUUAAAAAUAAAGCAGUGAAGUUUGGCGGUGAAGAAAAAUCUUUUUUUUUUAAAGAAUUACUAGAAGAUUAUAUCUCCGAUAAAUUUUUUAUAAUCAAUUAUGGAUCAGUUUUAAUGGAAACCUUUUUGUUUUUAAAGGAAGACGAGUGGGUUGAGAAAUUAUGUAAAGCGUGCCAUGACUUAACUUUCACAGCCGAUGGUCUUAAAUCUGCUUCAGAUAUUCAGUUAUUAUCCAUCAUAAUCGAAGUUUUUCCUCAAUUAUUACAAAGGCACCCAAUUUAUUUAGCUAGAUUCUUAUCUCAAACUGCAUUUGUAUUGCCAUUGGCUGAUCCCGAGUUGAUAUUAGAUAGUGAAGUUCUCAGUUUAUCGUCUGAACAACAUCUAUAUCAUUUUGGAACUUAUAAUAAUUUAACGGAAAAAAAAUCUUUAAUGGAUGUUUUUAUUUCAAAAAUUACUAAUUGUUGGAAUAAAUUUCGUGGAAAAAAUGAUAGCGAAUCCAACGUCGAACAUCCCCACCCAACCAACCAAGCUGAAGCUGUUAUUUCAUAUUCUGAGGCUACAAUCAAACUUAUAAUUCCUCUUCCAAAGUUUGUCAAUUAUCCAAAAAAAUAUAAUUUUUGGGAAGAAUUGAGAAACCCUUCAUCAACUCAUGUGAGCGAACUUCGUGACUUAAUUCGUGAAAUUCAAAUUGGAAAUUGGCAAGGAUUUGAAAAACCAGUUCUUUCUCAAAUUCUGUUAAAAGCUAUACAAGCUGAGGAAUAUGAUAAUAAUGAGGAAGGCAGCAGCAUUAAAAAUUUGGAAGAUGAAAUUAAAAAAUUGGGAGAAAAGCUUCAGCUGUUAAUUGAUGCUAAACAAACAGAGCAUACU